GAGGGUCUUGUCUGUCACAGCUGUUGUCUCAGGCACCAGAGUGCUGCUGGGUCCCUUUCAGCCCUCUCUUUCUUUCCACUGCUCGUGUGGACUAGCAGCUCCAUUAUACUCCCUUAAUCUUUGGACGGAGGAUCCACACAUUGGAUGAUGGAGAGCAGUUCAGUUGAUGCCAGUGACCAGGUCAAUGGUGAGGAGGAGCAGCACGUGGACCCAAUGGAGGACUUCGGCAGGCAGCUUGAGGACAUCAUCAACACAUACGGCUCAGCAUCCAGGCUGAUGGAGGAGCAGAUCGCCAUCCUGGAGAACGAGGAGGAGAAACUGGAUGAAGAAGCCGGCCCAGAGGAAGCGAUCACUAGUGCAGAGGCCAGCGGGAGUCCAGAGAAGGAGCCAUCAGCUGAGAAAGUUCUCGGUAAGGAGGCUUCAGUCCUGCUGCAGAACCUCAACAAGCUCAGCUCAGCCGAGGAGAAAGUGGAGAUAGUGCUGAAGAAGUACGCCGAGCUGUUGCAGGAGCAGAAGGCAGAGCAGCGGCAACUGAAGCUCCUGCAAAGGAGGGAGGGCCUCCUGGUCAAGCAGAGGGACCAGCUCCAGUUUGAGCACAGUCGCGCCAUCCUGGCCCGUGGCAAGCUGGAGACCCUGUGCCGCGAGCUUCAGAGAUACAACAGGACCCUAAAGGAGGACAUGGUGCAGAGGUGUCGUGAGGAUGAGAAGAAGCGUAUAGAGGUCACCACUCAUUUCCAGAGCACGCUGGUGGACAUUCAGGCCCAAAUCGAGCACCACAGCAACCGCAACAACAAACUGUGCCAGGAGAACAGCGAGCUGGCUGACAAACUCAAGGCCAUCAUCGAGCAGUACGAGCAGAGAGAGGAGAGUUUGGAGAAGAUAUUCAAACAGAGGGAUCUGCAGCAGAAACUGGCAGAUGCCAAACUGGAAGAAGCAAACCUGCGGCUAAAGGAAGCUGAGGAAAAGCACAAUAGAGAGAAGGAAUAUUUACUGACUCACGCUGCAGAGUGGAAGCUACAGGCUAAAGAGCUGAAAGAGCAGCACACUGUGAUGCAGGCUCAGCUUGUUUUGUACUCGCAGAAGUUUGACGAGUUCCAGGCUACACUGGCCAAGAGCAACGAAGUUUAUGCUACUUUCAAACAAGAGAUGGACAAGAUGACCAAGAAAAUGAAGAAACUGGAGAAGGAGUCAAAUGCAUGGAAGAUACGCUUUGAAAGCUGCAGCAAAGCCCUUACUGACAUGAUUGAGGAGAGAUCUGAGAAGGGCAAAGAGCUCGAAAUGUUCACCUUGAAGAUCGCAAAGCUGGAGACGUUGUGCCGAGCACUGCAGGAGGAAAGGAGAGUCCUAUACGACAAGAUCAAAGAGAUACGCUUGCAGGGCUUUGCAGCUUCAGCGCUAGUGAAGGGCACAGAAGAGGAGCUCCCAGAGCUGAAUCAGCUGUCUGAGCCAGAGGUGGCGCGUAACCCCGUGCUAACCGCUGAGAUGGAGAAGCUGUGGAAGGAGCAGGCCCGGCUGGAGGAGUUUGCGGCCUCCCUCAUGGCCUCCACUGCAGAUGGCAUGGAGGAUUCCGACGAUGAAGAGGAAUCAUCUCAGCCUAAACCAGAGGGUUCCUCUGUUCCCGUGUCAAGCGAACCACAAGCGCUGAAGUUAAUUUCCACAGUUCAAGAACCUUCCAGUUUGGAAGAAGACAAGCAAGAGGUAGUCAGUGAAGAGGCAAGUAAAUCAUCUACAGCUCCUGAGCCAAUCACAAAUGAGACAAGUCAGUUUGAGGCAAAGCAAGAGCCAAGCAAACAAGCCAAGGAAGAACCACCCAUGGAAAAAGCUGCAGAAGUAGAGCCGGUCAAGCAGGACACGCCCAAGGAAAAAUACAGCAAGCCAAAACCUGUUCGGCAAAAAGAGGUGAGAUUCAAAGAAGUGGAAACAGAGCCCCCCGAAACAGAGUCUACCAAAAAAGAAGUCAAUACAACACAAGCAGACCCCAAAGCAGAGUCUACCAAAGAAGAAGCCAGUACAACACAGCAAGACCCCAAACUAGAGUCUACCAAAGAAAUCAGUACAACACAAGAAGACCCCAAAGUAGAGUCUACCAAAGAAGUCAGUACAACACAGCAAGACCCCAAAGUAGAGUCUACCAAAGAAGAAGUCAUUACAACACAGGAAGACCCCAAACAGGAGCCUGCUAAAGAAGCAAGUUCAGCCAAACCCACCAAAGAAGCUAUCAAAGAAGAAUUGUGCUCAGCAGAGUCCCCCAAAGUGACGUCUCCCAACGCAGAAACAGAAACAGCAGAAGUCCCCAAGGUACAGCCAAUCAAAGAAGAACCCAGCACAUCUGAACCUGUAAAAUCAGAACCAGAACCAGCUGAGGCUGCAGCACCCAAAACAGAGGAGGCCAAACCACAAACCUCCAAAGGCCAAGAAGCCAAGCUGAAGACCAGCAAAGCCCAGCCCAAAAAACAAGGCACUUCUAAGAAGAAAGGUGCAGCUAAGGGGGCAAAGAAAAGCUGAGGAGAUUAUCAUAAAGUAAUUGGCUGCCACAGUUUCACCAAAAAUGUUAUCUUUUGUCCUUUUGUCAUUUUGGGUGUUGUGUGUUUGGAUGAGUGCAGUGCUGUGUGAGUUUUGGGUUAUAUAUAUUAAACGUAUUUAACCUUUCCUACUAAUUUAAGAAUAGCCCCUUGGUAAGCUUUUUAUAGCUCUCUAAGUGUGAUUCAUUCGUUUUUCAUCUUGUAAUACGUUUCUCUACUCGUAAAUAAAGAUGACAUACUGUUGACAAAAAA